UCUGCUACAGCUGGAAGCUGGAUGGCGUUUUAGAGUUUGGAUUUGCAGUGUCUUCAGGGAGCGGGCGUUUGUUUUGGGCGGGAAAAUUGGCGACCUUAAGGGGAAUCGGGUUUCUGGAUAAAUAGCUCAAGGUUGUUACAUCUUCCGGUGAUUUCAUUUUUUUUUUGUGUGCAUUGAAGCCAAGAGAAAAGGGAUCCACCCUGUUUCAGGAGCAUUUCCCUCGGAUUUCAGGAGCGCAUGCGUUGCGGAAAAGCACGUUUUCCCUUCGGGUUGUUCUAGUUGUCUUCCUCUGAAUUUACUUGACCAUCUCUCUUCCACUGUCAGUCGGAUUGUGACUUUUCCGUGGGAAAUCCAUCUUCAUUGCGUUGCUUGACUUCUCGAGAGUGUCACUUGAGCACGUCCCUGCUGAGGACCCCAUUUUCACCUCGUACUGGAGUUCAGGGGGGUUUUCUUAUUGGGAAAAUUGGGGCUUUUUGGGAAGUACUGCAAUUCCGUGAAAUAUCUCGGUCACUCCCGUGGGAAACAGUGUCUGAGUUGGGCGUGUAAAAAUAGACCAAGUGAGCCUCCCAUGUGUCGGAUUUUUCACAAAUUCAACGCAGUUUUCCCUGAACAGUGAGCUCGUGAAAAUUGUGCCAUGAUCAGUGCUGAGAUUUAACAUUAGCCAACAAGGAACUUUGCUGAGUUAGGAAGUAAUCAAGAAGGAGGAGGCUUGGGAUUGUCCUUCCGGAUGUGCAAUGUGAAGGAUUGUAGGAAGUGCGGGAAAAAAUGGGUGUGAAGUGUUUUCCACGGAUUCAUUGUGCGACUUUUCUGGCAAUUUUGCCCCUUCUUAGUCUCAUGCACAGCACAGGGAUUCUAGCUACUCCAGAAGGUGAUAAUGUCGAACAAUGGGCAAAGAAGUUUGGAGAUGAAUUAUGGGAGCUUGGCCAGAAGAUGACGAAAUCGCCGGAAAUUCAAGCGAAAUACAAAGCCUACAAUGCACGAGUUGAGGAAAAGAACGGUUCAAGUCUCAUUGACUCAAUUGUGGAAAAUGUAGGAAGGAUGUUUAUCCGGAAGAUGGAUGCUGUUAAGUGCAUUCUGCACGUUGCUGAGGAAGUUUCUGAACAAUUUGAAUUCAAUGAGACCUAUCCAGGGAACUUUAGUUACUACUCAAGCAAGUACAGCGAUAUCCAUGGACAUGAGCGAACUGAAGAAUUGCCAGAAUCCAUUCUGAAUAACUUUUUUAUGUAUCGAGAAAUGUUUCUGGAUCAGGAUACGCACUUCUACAACAUUUCAGUAAAUACAACUCAUAGUUCGGUUCAUGUGCCAACAAACGUAUACGAUCGAUCUCCAAAAGUUAUGGAAGCCCUACAGUGGUCAGAAGCUUUGGAUGAGGUCUUCGUGCAGAACUAUAAUUCAGAUCCUGCACUAUCCUGGCAGUAUUUUGGGUCCUAUACUGGACUACUGAGGCACUAUCCUGCCAUGGAAUGGGAAGGCGAGGAUGUCGAUGUCUACGACUGCCGAAGACGGUCCUGGUACAUCGAAACAGCAACCUGUUCCAAGGAUGUCGUUAUCCUUCUGGACAAUUCAGGAUCCAUGACAGGAUUCAGGAACUACAUCGCUCAACUUACGGUUAAGAGUGUCCUGGAGACAUUCAGCAACAAUGACUUCAUCAAUAUCUACAACUAUUCGAAUGGAGUUCAAGAACUAGUACCUUGCUUUAAUGAUAUGUUGGUUCAAGCUACUCCGGAAAAUAUAAAGGUCUUUAAUGAUGCAGUUCAAGGACUAGAACCAGAAGGAUACGCCAAUGUCUCCAAAGCCUUCAUAAGAGCCUUUCAACUAUUAGAGAAAUACCGCGAAAUCCGUCGAUGCAAUGAAUCAACAACUGGAUGCAAUCAAGCUAUCAUGUUGAUAACAGACGGAGUUCCAGGCAAUCUAACAGAAGUGUUCAAUGAAUGGAAUAGAGUAGAAGUUGCCAAUGAGACUAAAACCCCUGUUAGGAUAUUCACAUACCUUCUGGGCAAGGAAGUGACUAAAGUAAGAGAAAUCCAAUGGAUGGCCUGCCUCAAUCGUGGCUACUACUCCCACAUUCAAACCUUGGAUCAGGUUCAGGAAGAAGUCCUGAAGUAUGUCACGGUUAUAGCAACACCUCUGGUUCUACAAGGAGUCGAACAUCCUCCUACUUGGACACAUGCGUUCGCAGAUAAAGCUUACAAGCAAGAAGAUGAGGAUAGCCCUCCUAGGCUUAUGAUAGCCGUAGGAGUACCGGCCUUUGAUCAUGAGUUUGAUCCCAUACGGAACGUUACGAGAAGUAUAAGUUUGCUUGGAGUAGCUGGGACUGAUGUUCCUAUAGAAGACAUAGACAAGCUUACUUUGCCUUACAAGCUUGGGGUAAAUGGGUACUCCUUCAUAAUAAGCAACAACGGGUACGUUCUCCUACAUCCAGACCUUAGGCCAACUUACAAGGGUAUCCUGAAACGAAACUACAACAGCAUAGACUUAACGGAAGUCGAACAAUUUGACGAUGGUCGGGAAGGUAGAGAUCCUGGAGAUGAUCUACUAAAACUCAGGGAGAGUCUAGUUAACACAGAAAAGCAUCAAAUGCUGAAAAUACCCGUGAGAUUUCACUACGAUAAAAUGCGAAGGGUUUCUCAAGAAUUUCAGGACUACUAUUUCGCUCCUUUGGCUAAUACGCCAUUCUCGCUUGGUUUGGCUCUUCCUCACGACUACGGAAAUACCUGGAUUAAAGUGGGAAAUGAGAUCAAGCGAAACCAGAUUACAGGAGUGAAUAUUUCGGAUUUCUUCGUUGGGGAGAACUGGAAGGUUCAUCCAGAUUGGGUCUACUGCAAGUAUCACUAUCUGGAAGGGCAUGAGUUUAAAACACCCGAAGAUGAACUUAGGCACUUUCUGAAGAAACUCUAUGAUCCUCAAUGGACCUGGUCUCAGCAGUAUGAGCCCGAUGUUGGCUUUGAUUCAACAAUGGGUGAUUCAAAUGAACCAAACUGCGGAAGGAAGACACUUAACGAUGAUGCCUACUACUGCAAUAGAGAACUUGUACAACUUCUCGUCUUUGAUGCUAAAGUUACCAACACUUCCUACCGCGAAUGGCGCUUUGAGUCUGCUGAGGAGAAGGAACUAAUUCAGAGGUAUAAUGCAACGCUGAGAUUUGUGGCUACUAUGAGUGGCCUUACUAGGUGGCAGUUCAUCUUUGGCGAGGUUGAAGUCGAUACAGAUCGAGAAUUUGGAGACUACCACACAACAGCUAUAGAGGAGAGUUGGUACAAGAGCGCCAUUCUUCAGCAUAAAAUAGAUCCACAGAGUUUUGUCUACUCCGUCCCACAUGCCAGUGAUCCUGCUGAGGACUACGAACUCAAGGUAACUGCUUCACAUGCGAUUUUUCCAAGAGAUGGAGGUAUGGAAGCACCAGCAGCUGUUGUAGGCUUUCAGUUCUCACAUGAACUCAUGUACGAGCGUUUCAUAGAACUGACUUCAAAGACUUAUUGCAACGACUGCAUGAAGAGCUGCGAGUCGGACGAGCAGGACUGCUACGUAAUUGACAAUAAUGGGUAUGUGAUUUUGUCAGAAACGCAAAAUGAUACUGGUAGAUUCUUCGGAGAACUCGAGGGAGCCGUUAUGGAAUCCAUGGUUGAGGCUGGGAUAUUUAAGAGCAUUACAGUGUACGAUUGGCAGGCUCUGUGCUUUGAGGAUCGUGUUGUCUCGAACGACAGUAAUUUUCUGAUGUCCCCUCUGAAACUUUUGAUCCUCGGCUUGGAAUGGUUUCUAACUGAGUUCGUUUUGCAUCUGUCCCGGUUACACCUUUGGCUGGUUGAGGGUGUACCAUUGGAGGAAGUCUACGAUGACUACGAUACAGCCACACCACCUUACGACAAAGGUCCAUCCCAAAAGAAACUCCGCAAAGGUCAGAGUCAGGAAGAAGAGGACUAUUUCAAUCGACCAAAGGAGAUUAAGUAUGAGACCUUUCACUAUGCCUGCGAUAAGCAGUCACAGCUCUACAUCCUCAAUCAAAGCAUGUUCAUUCAGGGGAAUGGAUUUUCGGGCGAAGGACCAAGAAACUGCUCCCGUCCAUACUACAUUAAACGCAUCCCACAUUCAAAUCUCAUUCUGGUCGUCGUUAACACAAUGUACUCCAGUUGCUAUCGUUUUCUAACAGCUGAGCCUCAGGUCAUUUUGUACAAUGUCUCCUUUCCUUGCCACAAGCUCGCCAUGAACUACCUUCCUCGUCGACGACUGGAGGAAUGCUUCACUGAGCAUCCGGACGAAGAGGAGAUGACCUACUGUGGCUCAGCUGCGGACCAUUUACCGUCAAUUGUGGCAUUUCUCAUCAGCCUCAUCCUCCUCCUCUCCCUCCAUUGAAGCCUUUGACUUUUAGACAACUUUUAAUUGUAGGACUGCCUGGCACAAUCCGGUCCCUCCCUCGAGCACAGGGUAAGACGCCAAUACUCUAGGUGACUUUACUAGACAAUGUGGUUGUAGAAUUUAUAGCAGAACAAAUGUAACAGAAUCAAAUAUUUUCGGUGUAGAUAGUGAAAAAUUUGCAACUUUUCCUUUUAAACUUUAUUAAGGGGAUUUUCAUUAGCAAUUUGUAAAACUUGUUUUUGAUUUUGGUUGGACGGAUUAAAAAGUUUACAAAAUCAAAACGAAGAUUGGCAUUAAAAAGCAUGAUAAUAUUGAAUUCUUGAUUAUCAGAUGAUUUAUGAUUCUGAGAAAUAGUGUGAUAUUGUUUGUCUAUCUGUCUGUCUUAUUCGUUUUACUUUCCGGCUGUUGCCAGACUUAGAGGCCAAACGGUUGGAGAUAGUGACUUUAGACCUUCGGCAACCCCUACGCCAAAGUUCCGAUUAUGGAUAUGGGUUAUUGAUAUGCUCAUCAAUGUACCAAGGAGAACAAUGUGAGUUGAACAUUUGUUCUCCUAAAUAAAGUCGGUUGGAUCAGUAACUGUGUUAACUGCAUUUGCUUGUGUCUGCAUUCAUUGUAAGCGACGCAUCACUGCGUGGCGUUUCCUACGAAUGGAAACACAAAGCAUAUGUAGCUUGCACCAUUGUUAAUCCAACCGAUGAUAUGUAGAUUCCUUUCAGGAUCGCAAAAUAAAGUAAAGUUGUAGAUCAUAAAUUAGACCGAUAGUCUAUCUUUGCCUUUAUCGGUACAAAAAAUGAGAUAACAAAGUGUGCAAGCAUUGCUGAGUGCUCGAACUCACGAAUAGGAACUCUCUGUGAAUUAUCUUUUCGCAAGGUUUUUAGAUGCAUAUCGGCUUACUACCGAUUAAAUUUAUUCACAAAUUUAAAAGAAAAACACCAUUCCGAAAAAGAAAUUUGAUUAAGAGCCUUAAGAGCACGUUUUUAAAAAAGUAAAUUCGAGAGAAGUAUAGAAAAGUGGAUAUACUUUCCGAACUUGCUGCUUGAAACCGAUGAUACCCAUUUGAAAAUUUCAAGACAAGUCAGGAAAAUCGGUUGAGAAAUAGGCAAUUCAACGUGGUUUAAUUUUGACCUUCGAAAAUUCGAUAACGAAAUGUUUUCCGGUCAUAAGUGACUAUGGGCAAAAUAAUCACCUGUAGGGGAAUUCUGUAAUUUUCGUGGCAUUGUCAUGCGUGAGUUCGAAGUCUGACAAUGCCAUUCGAGCUUUAUUUGUCAUAUCAUAUUUCGUCAUAGCAUAGUUCGAAAAUGCAAUUAAUUGAUUUUUUAAUGAAAUCUGUUUACUUGACAAUUUUAUAAAAAUACAGUACGUCUUGGUUGAUUUAUUUAACAAAAUUCAUUGUCAUUUGAAUUGCCAGAAAUCUCAAAUACUUGACUUCUGACAAUACCACGUGAGCUCAAAUAGCAAUGUCACGGCUAUAGAAUCGCGUUUUCGAUAAAGCUCUCCGAUUCGAGCCCAAUUUGUCAUAUGGCAUUGCCAGAGUGUUACAGAAUUCCCUUCCUGGAUUACCUUCAAAACACACACACGCAGACGCUUUGCCAUUUUCCCAAAAGGUGGGGCUGUCGCACCUUGUAUACAGUAGAGUCUUCUAAAUUCGAACGCUCGGGGGAUAUUUUUGACAUUUCUCACCUCUCAAAUUCGAACGAUUUUUUCAAAACCAACGAAAUUUAUGUGAGAUUAAAUUGUACUUUGAAUCAAAUUCCCGUACUUUCUUACAAUUCUUAGUUGUAACAUACUUCUUUUUCAUUUUAUACGAUCAUAAUGUAUGUAAACAUUCAGGAAGAAGCACAUAAAUAUUAUUUUCAUUCAUUCAGAAUACGAAUUUUUCAACAUAACCACACAAUUGGCAUUUUGAAUCCAAACGUCGUUCGAAUUUGAGAGAUUCAGAUUUGAGAGACUCUACUGUAUAUUACCACCAGGCAUAAUCUAUACAAGGAUACAAAUUUUUGGUUUUAAGUUUUACUGCCGGUUUCCGCCUGACGCCAAGUUAGUAACCAUGUCUGAUUGGCUUUGGGGCUGUCCGUUGGCAAGUAAAAUGCUCACUCUUCCGCACACGACUCUUUUGUGGCUAUAUAUAACCGUCGUCAUAAAACCUCAUGCCCCGAAAUAUACUUCAGAUCACCAAGACGUCCCCUCUUCCGUCAGUCUUUAACCGAAAAUUUCGAGUGGAGUCUAGGGCUCACCUCGUGAAAUUGGAAGUACGGAAUACGAUAGUAUUAAUUAUUAUUCUGAACCCUUAAAGCGCUCUUGACUACCAUCAAAACUAGAUUUUAUUUUUCAUUUUCGAACUUGUCUUGACUACCUUCAAAAUAUGUUCGAAAAUAAAAAAAAAUGUAGGAACCGUUUUCGAAAUAAACAAAAAACAUGAUUUUGGUGGCUAGAUAAUAUUCACUUAUGGAGGGGUCACCGAAGACCGAAAGUCUCUUAUAUGGGCUUUAGACCUAAGACUAAGCCAAAUGGCGUAACUCCACUGAUUUGUAAUCGAUUACGAUUUUUUGAAAAAAUUGACUUAGGAUUGGAUUAUCAAAGAUAUAUAACCUUUGAGGCUCUCAAAAAGCGACGAAGUUGCUCGCUAUUGGGGACUUUGAGGCUUUCUGGAACUGGGCUAAACCUCUAGUCUGAAGACCGCUUUACUGAUUGUGCUUCACAUCGGUGAGAAAUUGAAGAAAAAAGUUGAUUAAAUAACUGCUUAUCUUUUUGAGUUCGAGCAGUGAAAAACGGUCAAAACUUCUAUAUGUCUUAGACGUUGUUUAGGCUCGCAUUUCCUCCAUAAUGACAAAAUACCGUCGAACCAUUUCUAAUACCGGUUUUUAAGGCCAUAUGUUAAAAAUUCCCUAAAGAAAGAAUUUCUGAAUCAACUUGACCGUACCGCUUCACUGGAAAGGUCUUGAAAUUCCAGACAAGUAUGAACGGGUUGCUACUGAUUAUGAACCGGUAAUGAGCUGAUAAUGCGUUUUUAUCCGUUUUAUUUUACUUCUAAAAUCUGAACUAUAAUCUGGAUUUACAGUUUAUCCUCUUAGUAUCAUCUGGUAAAAUUUAGGAAUCCUGAGAUUUUCAGAAAAAAUACUUUUCACUGUUUGUCUGAAUUUACGGUGCCUGUUCUAGAGGUCAAACGUCUAGAAAUAAUGACUUGGGGUUAUUGGAUGUCCUGAUGAUUUGUUUGUUUUUUAUGUGCAAAUGAUCCUUAUUAUUAUUUCGUUGAACAUAUUGACAUUAACUAGUACAAUUUCCUGAAUUAUUUAUUAAUUUAAUCACAUUUUUCGGAGUUUAUGCAUAAAUUCAGAAAUAAAUUUGCAUUGAGAAAAUUCCAAAAAAGAAAGAUUACAAAACUAACACAUAACACAAAGACAUUUUAUCUAAAUGAUUUACUUUUAAAUUGAACAUUUUGUAUGGCGUAAGAUUUCCAUUUGUUCUAAAAGAAACAAAAAAACUUUUCUUUGCUAAUUUUACGAAUACACUUCUGUUUAUUGAAUAAGAGUUUUCAUACCUCUUUUUUUUUCAAGCUAUUGAUCCGAUCGUUCAACCCAGACUAAUAUUUCCUGCGUGUCUGAUAUCAUAAAUAAUUUUUAAUCAGCCUAAUUAUAAUUUCUAAAUAGUUACAAAAUCCAAAUUAAAAUAAAAACCAUUCGUAAACAAUGUUGCCGAUGAAAAUCACCCUGAAGUUUUUUUGUAUAACAUUAUAAUCAUCAUUUCCUAAAGACACACACGUGACAUUUUCUUUAAAAAAGAAACAGAACGUAGUAAAUUAGUCGAAGAGAAAAAAAAACACACUUAUAUACGGGAUUUUUAACAUUUUACCUUAUAUAUACAUUUUAAAUAUAUACCAGUGAAGAAAACAAUUAAAAAAAUUUUGUAUAAAUGUGAUCCUACUUUUUAACAUGAACUCUUAGAAUUAAAAGAAAAAAAUGACACACGCAAUUUAUUAUGGUAAAUUUGUUAAAAACAGAACAUAAAGGAACAAAAAAUAUUUAAUACAAUAAUUAUAUUAUAGGCAAAAAAAUCGUACACAGAAUAUUUAUUGUGUAAAAUUGUAAUGGGAUUAAAUGUUGAUAAAAAAAUAUUUGUUGUUUCAUCAAAUAAUAAAUUUUUGAAUGAAAAA